AUGACUCGCAGUAACCAAGACCCUCAGCAAAAACAAUACUGGAACGAUGCCUUCGGGCCAAUGCGGUGGACAGACGCGGAGAUGGACCGAGUCAUCGCCAACGAAUUGAGCCCAGAGGCCCUCGCUAGUCUUGACAACGUUAUACGCGAGUUCCACCUGAAUCACCAGACAGAGUUGGACCAGAUCAUGCGCGAUUGGAACCUCGUCGAUGACAACUCACACAAAUCGGAUCGCUGUCUGUCCCAUCGCAAAAUGCCAUUCCAGGACUCCUCUGAACGUCUUCGCUCCCUACUUCACUUCCUAUAUGAAUCCGCUACUUAUCGUGAUUUAACGUCCACCUCCACCACUGGCGACGGUCAUAACCUAGGUGCCCUAGAGAUGACGUGGCGCUACAAACGGAUGCUGGAGCAGGUUGGGUCGAAAGCAAUGCAAGAUUUGGAGGGCGAUCGUAUACGGUUUGACUCGUUGUCACGCGAUGAGAGGACUGAAUUGUUGGUAUUUCAUCCUCUAUACGAUUCCGUCGAUAUUUGGGAGCAUCCGAUCGUCGCCGCUCUCAACGUAGCAAAGAGUCCUUCGAACAAGUUGGUUCUGAGAUAUCGUCGUGUCUGGGCGGCUUCGAAGAUGCUUUCGGUGUUCAACAAAGCUGUUCGAGCUAGAGCCUGA